GUUUCCCGGGAAGGAAACAGUGAGGCAGAUAAAGAGCGAGGACAAAACUGUGUGACCGUCGCCCAUUAAAUGAUUGAAAUAAGUAAAUAAAAAGUACUAACCGAAACCCUUAGGAGAGGAUAUUGGUGGGGAAUAUCAAGUUAAAGAAUAAGACCAAACGGCAUCCUCUUUAAAAAGAGUUCUUUGCUACUUUUCACCAUGGAAACCAACAAUGCAGGCUACCCAAUUGAGCUUCAACCAAAUAAAAAUGCUAUUCACCCUGCCCCUGGAUAUGGUCAAGGAGCUGCCAUACCAGGCCAUGGUCAAGCGGUUAUGAUGCCAGUUCCACAGAGACCGGAUGGCUGCCCUCCAGGACUGGAGUACCUGACUCAGAUCGAUCAACUUCUAGUGCAGCAGAAAGUUGAGCUGGCUGAAGUUAUCUUGGGCUGGGAGACCAAUAAUAAAUACACUGUGAAGAACAGUAUGGGGCAGCAGGUGUUCUAUGUAGCUGAGGAAAACGACUGCUGCAACAGACAGUUCUGUGGACCACUGCGCUCGUUCGUCAUCCAUGUUCAGGAUAACUUGGGACAGGAAGUGAUGAGACUUAUGCGUCCUUUGAAGUGUGGAAGCUGUUUCUGCCCCUGUUGCCUGCAGGAGCUCGAAAUACAAAGUCCACCAGGCAACCCGAUUGGAUACGUGAUCCAGAAUUGGCAUCCAUUCCUUCCCAAAUUUACCAUUCAGAAUGAGAAAAAAGAAGCUGUCUUAAAGAUUGAAGGACCGUUCUGUUCUUGCAGAUGUUGUUCGGAUGUGAACUUUGAUGUUUUGUCCUUGGAUGAAUCAACAAAGGUGGGCAGAAUUUCUAAACAGUGGACAGGUCUGGUGAGAGAAGCUUUCACUGAUGCAGACAAUUUUGGAAUCUCCUUUCCUAUGGAUCUGGAUGUGAAGAUCAAAGCUGUACUUUUUGGAGCAUGUUUCCUCAUAGACUUCAUGUUCUUUGAACACAAUAAAUGAGUGAUCAUUCUUUGGAUGCCAUUAUUUCAGGUUGACUUUUGAUCUUCCUGUUUGUGAUGUCCUUGAUACACCACUAGGUGACAGCAGUUGCCUUUGCAAUAAUGCUGAGAUCUUAACAUCAACAAAGAACCUGCUCUGCGAAAGGGUUUGCCAAACUGUCAAUGUUCAAAAGAUAUCUUAUACAAUGUAAGCCAAGUUGUAACAAGCACGUUGACAUUCAUUCAUUUUAGUUCCUGUUUUUCCAUAUGCAGCAUGCUGGCCAUAAUAUUUAAGACAAUAUAAUCCAUGCUACACUGAAAAAGUGGUAACCUAAAAAACUAAAUUAACCAGUUUUAUCAUAUAUCAUAUCAUAUCAUAUCAUAUCAUAUCAUAUCAUAUAUAAACUAAUAAAGUAAAUUCUUCAUCAAGUACUGAAAAGGUAAGAAAAAGAUUAAGAAAUAUUUAAGGUAAUAUAUGUUAAGUAACUACUUUUUACAUUCCGUGUGUAUGGAUAAAUGAUUACAGGUGAUGGAAGUUAUAAUCAAACAUUUUAUUCAGUGAAACACUGUGAACAAACACAAUAAAUAUAUAUAAAUAUCCUAUAA